AUGCGAUAUCAGGUUGCGAUCAAGAACGACAUCGAUGUGUUCUAUUUCGCGUGUAUCGUCCCGUUGUUGGUAUUCUUCCAUGAAUCCGGUCAAAUGGAGAAAAGAGAGUUCCUGGAUAUGUGGAAGGAAAUUCCUGAACAAAACGAACAACAAUUCACAAUUCAGAACACUCAAAAUCUGACCGCAGGUUAG